UUCUGAUUGGUUAACAUUUCAUUAACCAAUCAUCAUACAGUUGUCUUGAUUUAUUUUAUUCCCCAGGUUCUAUCAUUUUCCGGUGAAUCAUUUCAAUUCUACUUACAUCCACAAAAAUACUGUAUUUCAAAACUGCUGUUUAUUUUCUAUGGACGUUUUUGUUGUAGUCCAGUGAAAAUAUUACGUAUAUCACUAUGAUUAAGCUGGAAAAAUAUUAUUAUUAUCAUCAUUAUUACUAUUAACAGUAACGGCUAAAUAGGUUUUCUACACAAAAAUAGGCAAAUAUACAAAUGACAGUGAAUACUUAUAACAAUUUCUAUACAAUGUUCAUUUUAUUACAUGUGACAUUAUUCAUUACACAUUGUACUAACUUCAUCCAAACAACAUCUUCUCCACCAGUUGAUCAUGAAUAUUACAUUCAGGAAGAAGUAUCCAUCGGGACCUUGAUAGGCAAUUUAAUGAAUGAUGUUGUACUCAAGUAUGCAGAAUUGGGAUUACUUAAAAUUUCGCAUAAACUCGGCCAACUUCCCGAUGAUUCAGAUGAAUAUUAUACACUGAAAAUAGUUAAUUUUGCUGAUCCAUAUGUAAAUUUAUUUGAGAUUAAAACCGACGGACGCUUAAUAGUUAACAGACGGUUAGAUCGUGAUCAAAUAUGUUCUGGUCAGCCACAGUUAGACUCAUCUAUUAUAACAGGUGAACAAACACAAUCAGUUUCAAAUAUAUAUUCAAAUUUACGUCAGCAAACCAACAUACAAGCAGAAAGUACUUCUUGUCCUAUAAUCCUACAAAUCGGCUUAUUUACCCAUCAUAAAAAUUCUAUGACCAGUAAAUUAGAAACAGAUAUAAAAGAGAAGAAACAAAAUCGAUUAUUUUAUAUACGGAUUAAUAUUCAAGAUAUUAAUGAUAAUGCACCAUAUUGGCAAGGUCAUCUACAAAGAUUCCGUAUCACAUUCUUAGAUGGUGAUCCAGUUGGUUCACGUCGUAAUAUACCACCAGCUAUAGAUAUUGAUGCAGGUUCAAAUGGUCAUAUAACAUAUGAGUUAAGUUCAGCUAACCUAUUCGAUAAAUCACCCAUACCAUUCAGUUUGCUUGAAGAUUCAACUGAUGGUUUACAUUUAUAUGCAACAAAGCCUGUAGAUCGUGAAGAACAAUCAGAAUACAAGUUAAUGCUGAAGGCGAUAGAUGGAUCGUAUACACCGUCUACUUCAACUUCAUCAGUACUGUCAAAUGAGUCUAAUUUAAAACGAUUCACCUCAACAUUGUAUUUAGAUGUCUUAAUUGAAGAUGUCAACGAUAAUACACCACAGUUUACUCAACCCAUAUUUACAACAGCAAUGCCAAUACCUGAGACAACACCUGUAGGGACAACUAUUCUGAUACUGAAUGCUACUGAUUUAGACUCCGGUAUCAAUGGAAUUUAUCACUUUGGUUUCAGUAAAGAUCAUUACUGGCAACCGAAUGAGAAAAUUGCUAGGCAUUACUUUGAUAUACGUCCAAAUGGUCAGAUAAUAGUUAGGCAACCGCUGAAUGUAGAUAAACUUGAUCUAAAUAUUAACCAUAAUAAAAAUAACAAUAACAAUCCAAUGUUAUCAAAUUUGAGAAUACGUCAACAAUUAAAUGAUGACAUCAGUAUGCAUAACAGUAAAGGUGUUAACCUACAGUUUCGUUUUCGUGCUAUUGUCGAAGACGAAGCCACAAGACCAUAUACACGUUCAAGUGAAGCAACUGUCAUUAUACUUGUAACAGAUGAAAAUGAUGAAUCACCCAUCAUCACAGUACGUCAUAAUCCGGAAGCGAUCAAUACAAAUACAUUAGAUAGUGUUUCACUACCAAAUCCUUUCAGUUACUUCAGUGUAUUCGAAAACCAACCAAUUGGUACUGUUGUUGCAAGUAUACAGGUAUACGACCCAGAUUUUGGUGGACAAGAUCAAGUAGAAUGUAAUUUGAAAGAUGCCAACUUUUCUCUUACUCGUCAUGCAGCACAAAAUAAACCUGAUUAUGAUCAAAAUAAUGCAGCGAAUUCGUUGACAGAAUAUCAUUUAGUCACAUCGAGAAUUUUAGAUCGUGAAAGUACAACUCAUCAAAUUGUUACAGUUAUAUGCUCUGAUAUGGUUGGACAUUAUACAGAAAGAAAUAUUACUAUUCGUAUUAUGGAUGAAAAUGAUAAUCCACCCAAAUUUUCUCAUGAUACAUUUCACUUACAAGUAGAUGAAAAUGCUCCAGUCGGUACUUUGGUUAGACAACAAAUUCAAAAGAAUACUAGAGGUCAUUUCAAUAAUAUUUAUCAGAAUGGAUUAUCCCAGUGGUUACAGGCAACUGAUUUAGACACUGGUAUUAAUUCUGAAAUGAAAUAUUUCCUUCUUGAAGAUGGAGUAAAUUCAACUAGAUUCAAAAUUGAUUCACUCACAGGUAUCAUUACCACGCUGGAUGUGUUUGAUAGAGAGGUGAAAGACACAUACACUCUUAAUGUGGUUGCAGUUGAUCAAGGUACUCCUCAACUAACUGGAACAGCUACACUACAGAUAACCAUCAAUGAUUUGAAUGACAAUGGACCGAUAUUUUCCCAAAAUGACUACACUUUUCAUAUUCAAGAGAAUCAACCACGUAGUACAAUUGUUGGACAAGUUUCUGCAACAGAUCUUGACUCUUCUUUAUUUGCACCAUUAGAGUACAGCAUUACUGAUGACCAAGAAUCUGUUAAUUUCACUAUUGAUAAAAUAACUGGAAUUAUUCGAAGUCGUCAGUCUCUGGAUCGUGAAGAAAAAUCUCACUAUGCAUUUCGUGUGCUAGUUAAAGAUACGCGAAUGAGACUAACAGAAGUGAGUAAUAGUCUUAGUGGUAGUCAUGGUAACAGUAUUAAUUCACCUCUACCAAUGAAUAUCCGGUACACUGGAACAACAACAGUUACAGUGAUUGUUGAUGAUGUAAAUGAUAACUGGCCAGUAUUCAUUAGUCCAAAUUCAACAGCAAAUACACUGGCUAUAGCUAUAGACCAGAAAGUUACAGGUUACAAGCUGGCUUAUAUUCAAGCUUAUGAUAAAGAUGAUGGUGAGAAUGGUUUGAUCAGGUAUAGUAUUUUAGCUGGAAAUAACUAUGGCUUAUUUGGAUUGGAUUCAACUAGCGGGUUGUUGUAUUUAUCAAAUCCAAUCAAUCAGAAAGAUAGUAACAAAGAUAACAUGUUGCACAACUCAUCAUCAGAUGCUUCACUGUCAAAUGAUGGAUAUGAUGUAAUGCAUAUACUGCAAAAAUCAAGUAUGCACAUACUUACAUUGGAGGCAUGUGACCAUGGAAAAGAUCCUAAACCAAGAUGUACGCUGUACAACAAUUUAAAAAUUAUUAUACAGAAUAACAGAGAGAAUAACAUCAACAAUAUGGAAAAUACACAGUCACAAUACAGUUUAUUUGGACAAGUUAUAAACAUUCCAGAGACACUGGGAUCAUCAUCAUCAUCGUCAGCAACAUCAGAAAAAUCAUCUCUCUCGAUGAUGCAAGCCAAUUAUGACAAUAAUCAAAAUCAUUUAAAUUCUAUACAAGAACUGAAUGAUGACAGUGUCUAUCAAAAUCCAACAGCUUUACCAUACGGAAAUCUGUUGAGUAAUAAACAAAGUUAUAAGACUUUGGGUUAUACAGCCAAUGAUAUUAUGAUUAUUUGUCUUUCGCUUAUAUUUUCACUGGUUCUUAUAGCAACACUGGUUCUCAUAUGUUUGGUGCGUCGAAGAGUCACAUGGUUUAAAAGUAAAGAUAAAAAUUCAGUAAAAAGUGAACCAGUCAGUCAGUGGGGAAAUCAAACAGUCUGUCAAACUUCAUUGAUUAAUAACCAGAAUAUACCACCGUAUGGUUCCAAUAAACUACCAGGCAGUACGAGUGAAAACACAUCAAGUAUUUGUCAUAGCCCAGAGGAAUUUUCAAAGUCAGCCACCAAUAACAAAAAUAACACUAGCAGCAAUAAUAAUGAUUUCAAUGGGAAUUUUAUUAGCCUACAAAAUUCACUGCAUAAAUCUCUUCUUUUACCUGAGGAGUCAGGAUCUUCUAGAAGUAUCUAUCACUAUACAACAUCAUUACCGCCAACUCUUGUAACUCAGACACAAACAACAAUGCCAAUGGCAACUACAAUCGACUACAAACGAUAUGGCUGUAAUACGCAUGAGAUGAACAAUAAGUUCCAUCAAUUGAAAACUUCAACAACUGGAAAUAAUGGUGAUGUCUUCAAUACAUUGACAACUGCUCGCAAAUCAAACGAAAAUAACAUAACAUGUAAUAAUAAAUUUGGUAAGUCAGGCAAAUCAGAAUUCAUUAUUAUAUAGAUUGAAUACCUUUCAUUCCUAACAAAAGCCAGCUAUUAAAAUUAACUCAUAGCAUAGGAAUUUAGAUAGGCCUACAGCGACAAUCAAUGCCAUGUUGAAUAUUCUAGAGAAAACUUGCCCACUCCUAUGCAUACACUUCUAUGCAAACACACAGUGUGGUUCAAAGUAUUAAAGUGUAAUCUGAUUGGUUACGGAGACAUAGGGAGCUAAAUCAGAGAAUUUAUGUUCUUCAAACCAACAACCGACAACUGCAACAGAAAUGUAGCAGCCUCACCAAUUCCGGAUAUAAGAAAAAUCAUAUAAAACCAUGAAAAAAGUCAUGACAGUACAAUAAUAUGAGAGACAAAAUGUGCUCAAAACCCCAGGUGGAGAAAAGGAACACAGAAAGGUCAGGAACAGGGAGUAGGAAUCAAAUAGCCAGUGUCUUCAAACUUUUCAGUAUCUGAAAUAUAAAAUACCCAUCAUCUAAUAUUGUUGGCGAAUAACUAUCUCCACAUGUGACUGAAGAUUCAGCAAAAUGAUUAUCAAACUCUUAAUUAUUUGGGUCUAGUCAGUUCAACAUUUUUAAACAAGCCACCAGUUAGUCAUAAAAAUCUCGGUUUAGUAACAUACAGUCCACGUGUUAUGAAUAUGCCACGACUGGUACCGAUUACAUCAGGUGAAUUGACUGUAUUCAAUCCUCACGGUGAAGUACCAAAUGAAAAGAAACAGUCAUUUACACCAAUCAAUUACAAUCAUAAUCUUGACGAUUCAUCAUCAUCAUCAUCAUAUCAGAUAGCUCAUUUUCAUUCACAGUCACAACCACAAUCAAUGAAUGGUGGAUAUAAAACACUGCCAACAUUUUCAAAUAGUAAUCAAAUAGUCCAGGAUAUUAAUUCAACCUUUGUUCCCGCUUACAAUCAAUAUCCUAAUAAUGUAAAUACUUAUAACUUUAAUAAUACUAAUCAUAAUAAAGUUGGUAAUAUGUUACUACCUUAUCAAGUGAUGGCUACAAGUAUUAUCAAUUUAAACAAUUGGAAUUAUCCUAAAUAUCCAAGUCAAUCACACACAUAUUAUGAUAUUAGACAACCUGAUAUUAAACGUAAUAAAUCUACCAUGAUUAAAUCAAAAUCUCAGCAAUUACCGAUUAAUGCUAAACAUCAAAUCCUUAGUAGUGAUAUCAAUGAGAAGAGUAGUCUAAUGGAAACUUCAGCCAACUGGGAUGAGAUUAAAACCACUGGAAUUACCAGUAAUACUAAUGACGUCAAUAAUAAGAAUUCUGUUCUAUUAACAGAAUUUCCAGGAUCUUGGAAUGAUAUGCAGAAAUGCACAUCGAAUAAUACAACAGUAUCUGAAAACUGGAUAACACCAUCAGAGCAUAAUUUUCACAGUCAUAAUAACAGUAGUUUUACUGCCAAUAUUACUCCUGUGUCUGCAACAGUUAGUACUGCUAAUACAACUAUGCCUGCAGACGAAGCACACGUGACCAGUGAAAGUCAUGUUAACAAUAAAGACAAAUUUAUCAAUGAAAGUCAUAGUUCAAAUCGAGGAAAACAAAAAGAACUGAAGGAAUCUGGAAAGUAUAUGUCAGCUGCUUUAAGAGAAUCUAGUUUUGUAUAAAAUAAAUCUCUUGAUUUCAUUUCAAAUUUAAAAAAUAAAUAUCCAAGAGCUAGCUGUACGAUUUAACCAUCUGUAAUCUUCAAAAUGUUUGUGCAUUUUUAUGGUUAGAAAUUUAAAAACUUGACAGAAAUCUGAAACACGCUUCAGUUCACAGUUAUCCUACCUACAUGUGUGUGUUUUUUGUCUUGUAUUUAAUACUUAUUUUAAUUGACAUACUGUAAAUAAAAA